UUAUCAUUAACUGACUGUAAUUAAAAGUUAAGCAAUACAAAUAAUAGCAAAUAUUAGAAUAUAGAGGGUAAAUUGAGAUUGUACAAGAAUUUCACUAUAUACACACACACACAUAGUUGACCUGAAACAGUAAUAAUGAUAAAGAAACUUGAUAUAGUAGGUGAUACGCUGCUUAAUUUUGCUGCCAUAUAUGUCCAAAAGUUGCACCCAAUUCCUUCUACGUUUCUCUACUCCGGUCCCUUUUCUGUUCAUGCGCCCUCUUACUAGCCUUCACAAUUGACUCACCUCCUCUCGCAAAACUCUUCCUAUUUCUCUCUCUCUCUCUCUCUCACACACACACACACACAAUAUUCCUGACCAUGAAGAAGAAGAGAAGUUUUAAAAUUGCAGUCACCUGCUUCGUCUUUUUUGUGUUCUUCUUCGUGUUCCAGAUCAAUCUGUGUGCGCUUUCAAGAUCAAGAAAUGCUACUCGUUCAUCUAACAUCAAUCCAGGAAGAAAACAUCUGAAAUUAAAGACAGUCUGGUUAAACCGAACCUCAUUGCCUCCCCCACCACCGUCUCAAGCAUCUCCUCAAGCCAGAAAGAUCAACUGCGACAGAUCAAACAAAGCCUAUGACCUCUGCACAAUCCACGGCCCAACUUUCUUGGACCCCACCGUUUCGACAUUCUAUCUUGUGGACCCCCAGAGCCAAGGCCCUUCUCCACCACUCCACAGUAUGGAGAAAAUUAGGCCCUAUCCAAGGAAGUGGGAAACUGUCACCAUGAACAGAAUCAAAGAGCUCACUCUCACUUCAGGGCCAUCAAGCCCACCAUGUCAAGUCCAUCACAAUGUCCCUGCCUUGGUAUUCAGUGCAGGAGGGUACACUGGAAAUUUUUUCCACGAUUUCAAUGAUGGCCUCAUCCCUCUCUUCAUCACCGUUAAAACUGUCUUCUCAGAUGAUCAAGAUUUUGUCCUCGUGAUAUCAAAAGCCCGUGAUUGGUGGGUUAGUAAGUAUGCAGAUUUAUUACGAGCUUUUAGCAAGUACCCUAUCAUAAACCUCGACAAUGAUUCUUCCACUCAUUGUUUCCCUUCUGCCAAUAUAGGCCUCGUAUCACAUGGGUUCAUGACCAUUAACCCAAAGCUGUUGCCAAAUUCACAAUCAUUCACCCAUUUCCAUGCCUUAUUAGAUAAAGCAUACGGCCACCAUCAAAAUCAACCUUCUGAAUUCAAUUCUGCUAGAAAGAGACCUCGGUUGGUCAUUACUAGCCGCAGUGGAAGUGUUGGACGUUUAAUUUUAAAUCAGAAUGAAGUGAAAAAAAUAGCUCAAAAUAUUGGAUUUGAUGUUACUGUAUUUGAACCUACACCACAUACUCCAUUGCGGGAAGCAUAUGCCCUGAUUAAUUCAAGUCAUGCAAUGAUCGGGGUACAUGGAGCAGCACUCACGCACUCAUUGUUUCUCCGGCCGGGAUCAGUGUUCUUGCAAGUGGUGCCUCUAGGCAAUGAGAAGGUGGCAGAGAUUUGCUUUGGGAAUUUAGGAAGAGGAAUGGGACUGGAUUACAUGGAAUAUAAGAUUGGAAUAGAAGAAAGCAGUUUGAUAGAUAAGUAUGACAAGAAUAGCCUAUUGAUUAAGGACCCAGUUGCAUCCCAAGGGAAAAACUGGUCGGAUACUAUUAUGAGCAUAUAUUUGAAAGAACAAAAUGUUAGACUCGAUUUACUUAGGUUUAGGGAGUAUUUGAAGAAAGCAUACAAGAAAUCUAAGAAGUUUAUGGAGAAAGAGGGAUAGUUUGUGGAUGUAAAAAAAGAAGAAGAAAAGUUCUAUACAAUUAAAGACUUGUGUUGUGCAAAGGUUUAUGCAGUAAACAUUAAUUCCACGCAAUAAAAAUAUUAGGCAUA